UUACGUAGCCUUGCAUUUCAAUCCCUCCCUCAUGACCCUUAAUACUGUAUUCAUGUAACCUCAAUAAAUAUGUAUGUGUUUGUAAGGAAAUAGCUCUCUUGCAUUCUUCGUUAACGAGGGCAAGGCUAGAGUGACAGGGAAUGCGCACUCUCCUCGCAGCUCACUUAGACAAAUUAUACUGGGAAAGGUAGAAGGGAAAAGAGUGAAACAGAUUUAGUAUAUUUUUUUCCCUUGUGUUUUGAGAUAGCAGACUUGUUGUGCUCUUACUCUGAAACGCUUUGUUCUCUUUUAAUUUCAUGUCGUAACUCUAUGUUUGACGUGCUACAUUUCCAUGGAUAUCAUUGAAAUUAUCCUACCGUAGAUUUGUUUGUCUUAUACUUCUUCUUGUCUGUUCCUAAAAUCAUUCUUCCAUAGUCAUUUUUACAAUUUUCUGUCAUUGUUCAGUAUCUUAAUUUCUUGUUUAUCCUCAAGACUGCUCUUGUGUAACUAUCUUUGAAAAAUCCCUUCGAUCUUUGCUCAUUUUAGAAUCGUUUUGCCUUUCCCAUCUUUAUAAUAGUACUUCCUUUCUUAUCUCUUUUCCCUUUUUCACUCGUGUUUAGAAUGACUUGAAUUUCCUCCCAUCUAUAACAUUGGCCUUCGAUCGAUCCCUUUCCAUCUCAAUAAUUUCCAUCUUUAGAAUCCUCCUCUUCAUUCUUGCUCAUCUUCAAACUUGCUCUCUCCCUAGUCAAUCUCGGUAAACCAGUGCAUUUCGAUUGCUCAUGCUGGAAAUGUGUUGCUCUUCCUGGAAAUAAUAGCCUUUCCUUACACAGCCUUGAAAGUUCCGAAAGUUCCGUGUGUAAAUCCCCGCCCGCUGGAGGGGUACACGUGUUGUUUUCAUCCCUUCACCGGUGACGUGGGUGCUUUACUAGGAAACUGCCCAUCAUUCAUCAUGACAACCAUGUUUUUGUAACCCAGCCAAGUAUUUUACAUAAGUCAUACCUUCCACGGUCAUAGCGGUGAAUCAAGUUGGCAACACUGGGAGAGAGAGAGGGAGAGGGAGGGAACAGGCAGUCUGACAGUUUCCUCCACUACUCCACUCACACGUCCUGCUCCUCCUCCUCCUCUUCUUCCCCUAAGGCCGUCAGCAAGUGAGGCGUCGGUGAGGGCGCUCCAGACAGAUGACCGUCCCCGAGCGUGCCCAGAAGGACUCCAACAUGGCAGUGGAGGUGAAGGUCCUCACGCUCAAUGUCUGGGGGAUCCCGGGCAUCUCGAAGGACCGGGAGGCGCGGAUGGAGGCCAUCGUGCAGCAGUUGGUGACUGGCAAUGAGGAAUAUGACUUUGUGUUCCUGCAGGAGGUGUGGUCCAAGGCAGACUACACCUUCAUUGCCUCCAAGGUGAACAAGGUACUGCCCUACUCGCACACCUUCUACAGCGGCUGCGUGGGGUCUGGCCUGUGUGUGCUGUCCCGCUCCCCAAUCACAGAGGUUCACUAUCACCGCUUUGCCCUCAACGGCUACCCACACAAGCUGCUGCACGGAGACUGGUGGGGUGGCAAGGGGGUGGCCCUCUGUCGCACUGUUCGCCAUGGGGUCCCAAUGCUCCUGGCCACCACACAUUCUGUCUCCCCACUCCCUCCCUCUCUUUCUCUCUCCCCACAGUUCAUAAGCUCCCCACAACACCAAAGAAUGGGUGUGUGUGUCCGCCUGUGUGGCUCAGUCCCAGGGAAGGAGGUGGAGGAGAAGAUUCCCAUAGUAAAUAAAUUCCACGCUGAGUACAACCCGCAGGAGGAUGAGUAUGUCCACCACAGACUCACGCAAGCCUUCGAGACCUCCGAGCUGAUCCGCUUUGCCAAGAAAACAGAAGAAGUGCUGAUAUGCGCCGGCGACUUCAACUGCAUCCCCACUGACUUUGCCUACAGGAUGGUGAAGUUUUAUGCUGGUCUGGUGGACACUUACACUGAUAGUCCCUGUAAGACACCUGGCUCAUGUGGGGAGACCAACCAGACUCCAGCCAAUAGCUACACGAAUGUCAAGACUCUGAUCACGAACCCUUCAGGGAACAGGAUUGACUACAUAUUCUACCAGGCCUCCUCCACGCACAAGGUGAAGACCAAGCUGUGUGACCAGCCAUGGCCGCAGCGUGUGCCUCAGCGGGACUUCAGCUUUUCAGACCAUGAAGCAGUGCGGGCCAUCAUCACCAUCACUCCUGUCAAAGAUGAGGAUGCAACAGAGAACAUCACGGAGCUGCAGGCACAGACGGAUGCCCUGCUGGAGGGUGCAGCGGUGUGUGAGCAGGGCCUGAAGAAGGUGGCUUGUAACAGGCGACUGUACCUCACCCUGGCUGGGUUGGUGCUGGGCCUGGAGCUUGCCUACCUGGCCGUGCUCUCCCUGGACCUGUCCCUGGGUGCACUGAUGGGCCUGUCUGUGCUGUCCAUGGCUGGCAUGCUGUUGUUGGCCUACCUGCUGCACAUGGGCACAGUGUUCAGUCACCUGGAGUACAGCGGCGUCCAGGCGGCUCGUUUGGCCAUCAAAUGCCACCUGGAGAAGCUUACAGAGAGGAACGCUCAGGUGGAGCAGGAGAGGAAACACUCAUCCUCGUUCAUCAAGUAGCUACCGGGGAGUUCCUGGCUGCCAGUGCAAGUAGCAUCCACAGUGGAGAUAACCUGUGAGGGCAAGAAAAUUAGUGAAGGCAUCUUGCAGGCAACCUAAGUGCUACAGUGGCAGCCUGGAACUUGCUCCUGGGACUGAAAGUGACUCUCUAAGGAACAUGAGUGCUGGAGUGACUGUUCAGGGCAAAUGCUGAGGCCAAAAUGUAAGUUGGAAACUUGCAGGCAGUAAAUACUGAAAGUGACUAACAUGGGACACAAGGAGUGAGCGAAUGUUCAGGGCAUCCGAGGCAACUCAUCCGACACUAGGCCAAAACACACACAUCUUCAGGGAGAGGAAAGCCAAAAAGACACAUAGUGGACCAUUUAGCACUGGAGAAAAUGCACCGGACUGGGUAAUCCAAGUUGUAAGAGGAACCAAAAAAAUCACAUGCCAGCAGCAGAGGAUGCCUGCCACUGCUGCUGGUGGUGAUUCCCUGCAUUGAGCAUCAGUGCGCUCAAGAGUAGUGCUGCGGGAGCCUGUAUAGUUUUCCCUGCGGCGAGUAACCCACGACAAUACUUCACUCGUGAUAAUACUGCUGCUGCUGUGUCCUUUCUAAAACUAAAACCCCUUCCCCUCCUGCAGCAUAAUCUUCCUCCCUCAUGUAUCUUGCUUGUCUCUCUACCUUAACUUCCAUCUUCACCAUCUGCCUGUCUGUAUGUGAGGUUUCUGUCGUAGUGUCUUCUUUGUGUGAAUCUGUGUGCUUCCCUUGCUUCUUCCCUUCCCUUCCCCUCGGCACAUCUCGACACUAGGUAGUCAUUUUGUACCUCAGCUUGAAGCAGCUUGUGUCCAUCUUCCCCUGUGGACUGUGAUCUAUAACUCUAGUUCAACAUAUUGUACAUAACUUGCCUCUAUUUUUGUAGCAUUCUAGCCUUUAAGAUUCAGCUCGGGCAACUAAUGAGCCACACUUGAAUUUCUACCAAAAGAAUUUUACCAUAUAUAAAAGAAAAAAAUAUAUAAUAUAAAAAAGACAUUGAUUGAAUUCUACAAUGUGUGAUUUUAAGCAAGCCACCACAUCUACAGUGUGAUGGUUGUACUGCUGUUGUCUUUCCAUAUAAUAUGCAGUGUAUACAUUCUGAUAAUUCUAUGCAGCAAAUCAUCAUUCACAUGCACCAAGAUAUCUUGUAACAACCGCCUGUUGCUUUAGUACUUCACCACAGCAAAGUCUCCCCCUUCCACCACCAGCACUCACACCUGUGGCAGUGGCAGGACAGUCUGCAUGAGCCUGCCGGGGUCACAGGGACCACAGCUGUUUGGACCAGCUGCAGGCCCCCAGACUGUCCACCCACUACUUAGUUCCUAGCUAAUGUAAGUGAAGCAAAUGGAAGAAAUGGCAGCAAGACAUGAGUGUAUUAGAAUUAAGAUCCCAUGGCUGUACAAUGAAAAAAAUUACAAACUGCUAAGUGAUGAAGGUGCAGUGAGCCCUCAGUGUGACCAGGAAGUUAAAGUAAUGAGUAAAAAUGGUAAUUUCAACUUGAACAUUACUGUAGCAUUCCAUACAGUGCACAUAGUCAUCACCCAUCAUACUGCCCAGCCUAGGAUAGUUUGAAUUAAUUCCAAGAUAUACAGCUUUGUCUUGGCUGCCAUGUGUGGGAUUGCUGGCCUGGUAUAUAGAGAGAUAGAAGAUACAGAUUUUUUUUUUUUGUGGGGAACAACCUGAUCCUUAAUUAAACCCUUUUACUGUUAUUUGGUACACCUUUCCUUCAUUACUAAUCUGAGACAUCUACAGCCACCUCCAACUUCAAACUGGCCAGAAAUGACAAAAUCUAUUCUUUUAAUCCCUCUGCUUUCUUUUAGAUGCUUAUAAAGAUUUCAUGCAUUUCUUCUGUUGGUGUUAAUUGUUUUUGUAUCACAGUGAAAGGGUUAAAUCAGUGUCAUGAUAGUGUUUUUGUGGCACUUUAAUACUGUCACUUGGUCCUCCCAUGUUCAGGUCCAAAACAUUAAGGGCUCACUGCACCAUGCAUCUGCUAAACCAUGACAGAACCACUAAGCUGCUGUACCUUUAACUCAGCCAGCUCAGCACAAGAGGGAAAACUUGCCAGCCACACAGCAUGAGGUGAUGGGCGCUGAAUGAGGCUUUGCUGUCAUCUAAUAUUAAUCUGAUUACCUACACAUUUUUUAGUCGCUAACACCACCACCACCACCACCACAACACCACAACUGUUCCCGCCGACCACAGCAACCCUCUCCUCUGUGCUAGGAACGUCAAGCCACACUACCCAUAUUUUUUACAUUAAAUUAAUAUAUGUGUGUACGUAUGCAUGUGUAUGUCUGUACUUGUGCGUGUGUGCUUUGUGUGUGUUUGUGUGUGCAUGUGCGUGUAAGAAAUGGUGUUGCUCAAACUGUCAUAAUGUGAUAAACCACCAAAAAAUGUGUGAAAAUUUUUUAUCUACAUUUUACUUUUGCAGUACUUAAGAGUUUCCAUUUGUGUUUUUUUUUUUUUUUUUUUUUUUUUUUUUUUACUGUAUUUAUCAAGUGUUUAGAUAAUGAAUACCACAUGCAUACACUUUAUUGUUAUAUUGUUGUUGUUUGACUUUUUUGAAAUGAUGGGUCUAUAUUGUGAAGAUUGGGAGGAGUGAGUGACGCGUGCUGGGUGAGUGAGUGACUUUCCAGUAGCUCUGUGAUGUGUGUGUGUUCGCUGUUCGUUACUCAUUGUCAGUAAAAAGGAAAAGAG